AUGCCAUCUAUCCGCCAAAGUCGGCGUCAACAACAACUGGCACCAGAGACGCGGGAGCGUCAGGGUUUGGAGCCACGACGUACUAAACGCCAGGAAUCGAAGCAGGGUGAACCCCAAUAUGCUUCAAUCUCGCCACGUACUUCAGGGAUAUCGAGAACUCAGACGGAUGAAUUACAAUCGAACAAGGAGAUCCUACGACAGGAAUUCUUGACCCAUCAGCGGCAAACGAGUGUUCCACUCACACCGCCACAUGAGGGGCAAGCUAACGAGGUGACGCAAGCUCGAAGGCAGGAGACGAGACAGGCAGUAGACCGAGAAACGAAAUGCCCACUGAAAUGCCCAAAACAGCGCCGUCGACAGUCGUAA